AGCAGUUAUACUUGCGAAAUAUUUGCAGAACUACUUUUAGUAAAGUGAUCAAAACAAGUACCAGUUGAAGUAUCUAGUAUUGAAAUAUAUUAGGUAUAUUAGUAAAAAAUGUAAUGUGAGUGAAAUAUCGUAUAAAGUGCAGUGUUAGUGAAGGAUAUUUUGGGAUAAUAAAAAGAUAUGGACUCCAAUUUUGAUGUCAUAAUAUGCUGUUCAGAUCAGCCCUAAAACUGUUAAUUGCAUUAUGUUUGGUGGUGAAAAAUGUGACGACUUUCAAUCCAAACGAUGACUACUAUGACCCUCCUAAGUAUAACGCAGAAGUUUUCCUUCCAGUGCCUCGGUACAUAGGAGAAGAUCAAUCUGGUUGCAUAUGCCGUGAAGUUCCUAACGUUUUCACCCUAUGUUUCGGCAUCAGCAAGUGCAACACACUACCUAUAAAAUUGAAUAUAAGUACUCCAGUGCUUAGUAUUAUAGGAACACAUAUAUCAGAAAUUCAUGCUGGGGACCUCAGUAAUUUGAGUUUUUUAAGAGAUUUUAAGAUCGAAGGCAACUUUAACUUAACAUAUAUUGCCCCAGGUAUAUUUGGAGAAAAUUUCGAUAGGCUUGAAAACUUGUCUAUAAGUUACAACAGAAUCUUGAAGACACUACAACCAGAUACUUUUGUUGGUCUAAGAAAUCUCAAACAGCUAUUUUUGAUCAAAAAUGGUUUUACAAGGUUAUAUGACAUUACAGUAAAUUUGUCCCCAAAUAUAUUACCAAGUUUGAGGAAACUAUCUUUAAAUGAAAACACUUUCACCACUAUUUUGGAAAAGGCCUUUUCACAGAUGGAAAAUUCUUCUUUAGAGGAACUAGAUUUGAUAUUAUGCAACCUACAAUACGUUCAUCCUAAAUUUUUAUUACCGUUAAAACACUUACAGGCGCUGCGUAUAGGGGAAAACUUUUUAAACGAAUCUGUCAUUAGUGACUCCCUAAUAACCGUUAUUAAACAUAAACUACCGUUAAAACUACUCAAUUUAUAUUCAACUGGUUUCAGGGUACAUUUACCAAAGCAACUACUACAAAUCAUAGCUUCAUCAAACAUUACAAAUCUCAAUUUAGCCAAAAACCAAUUCCAAAUUAUUCCUUCUAGAAUCUUUCCAUAUAUGCCCAAUUUAAAAUCUCUUGAUCUAACAGAGGCUCUUAUAUACGAUAUUGCUGAUGAUGCAUUCAUUAACAUGCCGAAAUUACAGAGUCUCACAUUAAGUGACAACAAUUUAGUUUCCAUCCCAAAAGGAAUUUUACUACCUCAACUUACUAAACUAGUUAUCAAAGAAAACUCUCAAAAUGGUGCAAAGGCUUCAUAUUUUGAAAUACAAGAGGGAGCUUUUUUGAAGCUAGCGAAUCUGGAAUAUCUCGAUUUGAGCUACAAUAAUCUUGCUCAUUUAUUCCAAUACACUUUCAAAGGUUUAGUGAAAUUAAGAUAUUUAAAUUUAAAGAACUGUACCAUAUAUAGACUGCAAAACAGAACUUUUGUACAUGUUAAAAAUUUAAGAGUUUUAAAUCUAGAAAAUAACUUUUUCAUCACUAAUAAUUAUCCAGUAGGACUUAACGUUGAUAUGCUGGAAGGUUUAGAAAAUUUGGAGGUGUUGCUACUAGGAGGACACAGCAUAACUUACUUUAGUAAAUAUGGAAACCCGUUUGAAAAAUUAAAAUCUUUAAAACAUUUAGGAUUAGAUAGGAACUUACUGGUGAGUAUAUCUCCAGAUCAAUUCCUUGCUUUAAACCGUUUGGAAAUUUUAGACAUGUCUUUUAAUUUGAUGAAAGUGUGGCAGGAGAGGAUAUUUACUAACAAUAAACAACUUAAAGUGUUUUUGUUGGCUCACAAUAAACUGGCCUAUUUUACUCCAGCUAUGUUGGAAGAUUUUUCAAACUUAACAACGUUAUCAGUAGCUUAUAAUUCAUUUAGUUGCGAUUGUGUAAGCUACCAACAAUACGCACUGUUUACAAGACAUUCCGACAAACACUUGGAAGAAGUAUUGAGACCUGCAGGUAUAACGUGUCUUACUCCAGUAGCAUCUUCAAAACAAGUGUUUUAUAACAUUUUAGAUUAUUUUGAAGGAGUUCGUCAAGGAUAUAUUCGCUGUAAUAUUGACCACGGAUUAUUUGUUGUGAUACCAGCAGCAUUGCUUCUAAUAUUGUUUGCAUCUUUGGCUAUACUAGGAUAUUUUUAUAGAUGGCAUAUUAAGUACUGGGUGUUUUUAAUUAGAAUACAGCUCAAUAGGAAUGCUAAGUUAAAGACUAAGGGAAAUAUUAAAACUAAAAAGAACUAUAAGUAUGACGCGUUUAUCUCGUAUAGCAGCGAAGAUCGAAAUUUUGUGGUACGACUGGUCUCAAUGCUAGAAGACUAUGCACCUUAUCUAAAACUCUGUGUGUACGAAAGGGAUUUUAAUGUUGGACAUUUCAUAUCAGAAUGUGUUUUAGCGUGUAUUUCGGAUAGCAGAAAAAUCGUUUUAGUCGUUAGUGACAAUUACGCUAAAUCUCAAUGGUGUCGAUGGGAGAGUCAUAUCGCAGAACAUCAUCGACUAUUUUUUGAAGACGGAAAUGGUGAUUUUGUGGAUGAUACGAUAGUUGUCAUCAAAUUGGGAUCUGUUAAUAAAAGCAAUAUGACUCCAAUGUUAAAGUAUUUAUUAAAGACCAGGAUAUACUUGCAAUGGGAGCAUGAUGAUAAGAAACAGAAAUUCUUUUGGAAUAAAUUGAGAACUACACUUGCUGCAUCUAAAUUUGAACAAAUCACACAAGUCACCCACAUGUAAAUAAUUGUAUAUUACCGUUACUUAAUUUCUUCCUCUUGACUCUUGGCUAAAGCUUUUUUCGCAAUGUAUAUUUCCAGUUUAACUUCCAGCAGGUAUUAUGCAAUUACACCAUAUUGAUUUAGUUUCUUCUUUUUUUCCUUAUUCUUCACAUUUUUGUUACGAUCUGGCAACACUGCACAUAAUUACGAACUGUAAAGUAAAACAAAAUUAACUAAAGUGAUCUUCACAGUUCAAUGUAACUUUGGAAGGUAAUAUUUUCUAUAAAUGUACAUUUUGUGUAUCAUAAUAAAUAUAUUGUAUUUUA